AUGGAUCUCAUGGAGUGGGGCAACAUGGGCAGUGGCUGCGAAGAUGAAAACUGUGGCCACGCAUCUGGCUUCCCUGAGGACUGCUUGGACCAAGAGUGCCACUCGGAGGAACCUGUGUUCGGAUUGAUUGAGUUAGUGUGUGUGACUGUCAUUUACAUUCCACUGAUGCUCUUCGGCCUUCUGGGAAACACACUGACAAUUCUGGUGGUUUGGCUCCGCCCUCACAUGAGAAGCUCCACCUACCUCUACCUGAGCAGCAUGGCUGUCAGUGAUCUGUUGAUACUCCUGCUGCUGCCUCUGGAUGUGUAUAAGCUCUGGAAGCCCAGACCCUGGCCUUUGGGAGACCUUGCCUGCAAGCUGACAAUGUUCCUCUCAGAGUGCUGCACCUUCUGCACCAUCCUCCACAUCACCUUCCUCUCCCUGGAGAGGUACCUGGCGGUCUGCUGGCCGUUCACGGCCAAGACCCUGCUGACACGUCGCAGAACACGGGCUCUCAUCGGUUGCCUCUGGCUGGGCGCGGCCGUCAGCGCGGCACCGGUGUUGGUCAUGGUUGGAGUGGAGGAUGUCGGGGGAGAGGAGCUCGGGUUCGGUGUAUUGAGGGAGGAUGGAGGGUGGACGAGCAAGGAAGGAGAACAGGAAGGGUUUAUGAUAGGUGGAGGGCAAAGAGGAAGUGGAGACAAAGGAGGAUUAGAGGAAAAGGAGUGGGGAGAAAAACAUAAAAUGGGAUGGGGUGAAAGAGUCGGGGAGUCAAAAUGGUUUGGAGAGAAAGGGGAGAGAAAAGCGGGAAUAGAAGAAAGAGAAGAAGGAGAGAUGGAAGUUGAGGAAGAGCGGCAAAAUAAGAUGAAAGAGGAUGAGGGAGGAGGACGGGAAGAAGGCGUUGACGGGGGUGGCGAAAUUGACAAUAGAGAGUGCCGCUGCACGCACUUCGCAGUCACAUCUGGCCUGCUGUCGGCCAUGGUGGUUCUCUCCAACUUGUACUUCCUGGUGCCCCUCUGCAUCCUGGGACUGGUCUACAGCCUGAUCGGACGGACGCUGUGUCUCCGUCCACAAAGCAGACGCAGAGACCAGAGUCACCGGCACACUAUCAAAAUGCUGGGAGUGAUCGUCUUGGCGUUUGUCCUGUGCUGGCUGCCCUUCCACGUGGGUCGCACCAUUUUCUCUCUUUCAAUGGGCACCGGUUCUGACGUUUUAUACUAUCUGUCUCAGUAUUUCAACCUGGUGUCCUCCGUCCUCUUCUUCCUCAGUGCUGCCAUCAACCCUUUACUGUACAACCUGAUGUCCGCCAAGUAUCGACACGCCGUGCGCAGCCUCGUGCGCACAGACACGCAGUCCCACAGCCUGCGCACGACCACGACGCGGCACUCCACGACCACUUUAUAA